AUGGCUGUGGAAGAAAAUAAAGAGGCGUCCGCGAAUUUAGUGGUUUUACCGCCUUCUGAAUCCUUGAAGGAACUGCAUACGUCGUUGAGAAAUCGGUAACUUUUUCACGAGGUUUUUAAAGCAUUUUUGUUAAAAAAUUUACGUUUUUUUUCAUUUCGAAUUAAUUUUUUUUAUUUCAAAUUUUAUUUAAAAAUUACAGUCGAUAAAGUGUAAGAUAGGACGUUUUCAGAAAAUUAUAUUUUUCGAGUUAAAAUCUAUAAAAAUACAGCCAAAAAAAAGAUUUUUUCUCUAGCCGUCUCUCCUCAUUUUCCAUGAUCUCUCGUCUGUCAGGGUCUCAGCAAUCCCUGGGCAUAAUUAGCUAAGAUUUUCAUGGAUUGAACUCUGGCUAUAAUGGAGGACGUGUGCCUAAUUUAAAGUAAAUCCGGCCUUCGGACUCUGAGAAUUUGACUUUUGAAAUUUUCAGGCUAAUAUGAGAUUUUCAGCAAAAAAAAUUUUUCUGGAGCCACAAACUUUUCUGUAACGCCAUAGAUUUGUCUGUAAAUUACAUGAAAUGCAUUUUUAGCGACACCGACCACUCGGAUUUCGUCUUUUCGGCCGACCGUUUGAUGAGAUUGGUCCUGGAAGCGGGUCUGAAUCGGCUCCCAUUCUACGAAUGUCAGAUCACCACUCCGACCGGCCAUUCCUACGAAGGCAUCCAAUUUGCCCACGGGAACUGUGGAGUGUCCGUGUGUCGCAGUGGAGAGGCCAUGGAACAAGCCCUCAGGCAAUGUUGUCGGUAAGUGUAAGAUAAAUUUUGUCUCAUUUUGUAUUUAGUUCCAUUCGAAUUGGGAAGAUUUUGAUCAGCGAUGAUCAACGAGUCCUGUACACACGAUUUAUGGGCGAUAUUAGUCGAAGGAGAGUGUUGUUGUUGUACCCGGUCCUAAGUACUGGAGUUACGGUGCUAAAUGCAAUCAGUAUGUUGACCACGACCAAAGUCCGAGAAGACCACAUCUUCCUGAUCACUCUGUUUGCUCGACAGAAAUGUAGGAACUUGAAUUUUGAAAAUUUUUUAUAUUACUUUAGGUAUCAACGAGAUCAUCAAGAGGUAUCCCAAAGUGACGAUUGUCACCAGCGAGGUGUGUGAGAAUGUCCCCGGAUACUUCACCACAAAGUAUUUCGGAACCGACUAGCCAACUUUCAGGGCUUCAAUGAUAUCCGGAUUAGCCGACCUUCAAUUUCACUUGUCAUAUCUAAAUGAAUUUGAUUGUAAUACGUGUAGUUAUAACGCAUAUUGAGUUUGUCAUAAUAAAUUUUAUACACCGAGAGGUUUCAAAUUUUGUGGUAGCUAUUUGUAACGUAUUCUACGCAGGGGUGGUCAGCGGACCCUAUUUUUCCGAUUUUCGGCCCGCGGCCCGGCCCGUCUAAUUACCGGCCCGGCCCGGCCCGUCUAGUCUUUUUCCAGGCCCGGCCCGGCCCGGCCCGUGACGGGCCUGGCCCGGCCCGGCCCGGCCCGUGCAGGCCCGUCUAUAGAGGGCUCUGCGAACUGCGCCCAGGCUCGGGAUCUAAACCGAGGCAAAAAAGGCGUUGAUCUAGCUAGUAAAGGAUCAAUGUGAUAGUUUUGUGGUUCUAUAAUGGAACUAUAAACUUGUAAACGUUUUAGAACUUGGGAAACAGCAACUAUAACGACAUCAAUUAAUUUUCCCGGCGCGAAAACAAUGAAUGCCAACGGUUUGGCAUUGUAAUUUAGACGGGCCGGGCCGGGCCGGAAAAACCCCAGGCCCGCGGCCCGGCCCGGCCCGGCCCGUGACGGGCCCGGCUCGUUUGUAAUUUUCCAUUUUUGAGCCCGGCCGGCCCGUUUGGGCCGGGCCGGGCCGGCCCGUCACGGGCCGGCCCGGCCCACUGACCACCCCUGAUUCUACGGCUAUAAACGAAGCAGUGAAACAGUUGACCCGAGAGAGUGAGAGUUGACUCAUUUCGGAAUAAAUAAAAAUAUUUUUUCCGAUGGAUGGGUCGGAAAUUUUGGGUGGUAUUUUAGCUGUAGAAAACCGUUUGAGGUACGUUAUUUUUCGGAGAAAAACAUUAAAUUUUAUUUUUAUAUUUUUGACCAAGUGUAAUAUAAAAUUUGUGAUUUUUUUACGGGAAUCUCUCUUUUCUCUAAUUUCAAACCUCUAGAAUUCACCCCGAGGUCGAACUAAAUUUUUUCUAUCCCUCAUUUCUCUUAAAUCAGCAAUUAUUUAUAUUAUCCAUGGCAUCUGUUUCUUCAAACUCGCGAAAUUUUUAUUAUUUUGACUAGAGCACAAAAUUUUCCUUUCAGAUGAGUCGUGGAGGGAAAGGAGGACAUGUGUCGGGUGUUCGAGCCAUAGCCAACGCCCUAGGCCUUCAGCGACAUGAAAUUGGAACCUACACGCAGACGAAAAAGGAUCCGCCGCCGCUUUAUCCGGUAAGCCCUUGAUAUUGUUCUUCUUACACUUUUAGGACAGGAACAUCUAAUUACAACAUAAAUUGAUACUUACACUUUGGAAAAUAUGUUGAAAUGCAGAGAACUGAAAAAAUUGCAAGAGAUCACCCUUUUCUGAUCAAAAAUUUAUGAAACCUUUUGUAGCCUCUGCCCAGACCUGUCCGAGAAGUGCAACCUACCACAGAGCUCAAUUUCAUGACCGAUUUGAAGCUAGAACUCCUCGAGCGGUUCCACGAAUCAGCGAUAUAUCAACCAAAACGAGCUCACAAAGACGUCUACAGGUACACGGAUAAGUUUCGGAAGGUGAGGAAGGAGCCAUUCGAGCCGAUGUUCACCCGUGUGCCAGCCGAACUUAAUUGGGAGUCCAGCAGCUCAACGAGAACAGUAAAGAAGAGGAAGUUGGAUGACGAAGCGGUCGCUGAGAGGUUGGCCAAACUCGAAGCCAAGGAGAAGGUGGUGGUGGAGAAUGUAAGUCAAUUUAUCAAGUGUCAGCGCUGUAAAUUGAAUCCUAAUGGCUAAAAUAAGGCAGAACGGGAUCUCUUCUUCAUUUUAAUAUCGAAUUCGAUUUAAUUUGACCUUGAAAAUCUGCAGGAAAAUCAUUUUUUUCAGGAGGGAGACAUUAAAGAAGAAGAGGAAGAAGAAGAUGAUGUCGAGAAGAAGAACGACGACGAUGAAGAGCCCUUCUCGGAUGACGAUUACCUAGAGGAAGACAACGAUUAUGUCCACAACUACUUUGAUAACGGCGAGGGCGGAGACUCCGAUGAUAAUCUUGAAGAUGGUGAUGCCUACUAA